UACAUAAGCAUCGCUCUCUCUCUCUCUCUCUUCCUCUCCGUGCAAUCGGAUAAUCAAAUCCAUGGCGCACGGCGGCUACGGCAAGCGGCGGGUCAAGCCCGCCGGCGGCCGCCGGUCGAGGGCGCCGCCGGUCGAGAAGAAGCCGAAGGCCGUCUCCCUCAAGAACCAGAUCCGAAGCGUCGAGCGCAUGCUCCGCAAGGAUCUUCCUCCUGAAAUGAGAGAGGCUCAGGAAAAGAAGUUAGAAGGACUCAAGAAACAGCAGGAGAUUCAUUCUCGUCUGGCUGUUGAGAAAAAGAUAUUCCUACGAGAUAGAAAGAUUAAAUUUUUUGAAAGAAGAAAGAUAGAAAGAAGAAUAAGACGGUUAGAGAAAAUGCAGCGCACUUUAUCGGGCCCGGAACAAGAUGCUGCGAUUGCUGAACAGCUAUAUAAAUUGAAAGAAGAUCUUGAAUAUGUCAGGUUCUUUCCCAAGACAGAGAAGUAUGUAUCUUUAUUCUCUGGAGGUGAUGAUUCAGACAUGGUUGAUAGGAGAAAUGGAUUGCGUAAGCAGAUAAAAGCUAACUUAAUAGCUGCUGCUGCCAGUGGGAAAGAUUUGGAAGAGACUGGAAGUGAGGACGAUGGACUUUUGGAUCUAAGUGAAGAUGAUUUCUUCCUUGCUGGAAGUUCAAGCGAUGAAGCUAAUGCAGAUGAUGAAUGGACAGAUAAAAGUUUGAGGGAGCAGGCUUCUAGUGCGUCAGGAAAAGCAGCAUCUGGUAUGUCAAGCGAUGAAAAAAAUCAGAGUCAGGUUUCUGCUCGAGCUUUAAUGCCUCCUCCAAGGCCAUCAAACAAGUCAUUUUCAGCAUCUGUUCGUGGUAAAUCAAGGUUUGGCUCUACAUCAAGCACAAAUCAGUCUGUUCAAAGAGCUGAACUGUCUACAUCAAGCAACACAUCAAACAGCAGAAGUAGAUCUUUCCAUGCAAGGGGAUCCUCACACUCAAGGACUGGUCUUAGUAGCAACUUGAGUUCAAACUCUGAUGCUCAUAAACCUCGAAGAAAAAGAAGGCCAAAGAAGAAAAAACAACAGGCAUGAUGUAGGUGGACUAACCGGAAUAUUGGCUCGGCAACCAGGUGAAUUAGGGUGUUGUAUGCUAGGUUUGUUAUUCAUUCUACUUGAUUGUCAGUAUUUCAAUCUCUUUUUUUUGCAUAGAUAAUCAUGGAGCCUGUAGUCACCAUUUUAACUCCAUGAAUCUUGGAGCUGCUUUUUAUCCCCCUUUUUCUAAUUUUUUGUUCCCCCUU